UAGCCUAGUUAUAGAUUCGUGUAAUUAGUGAAGAAUUUAAAAUGUAUUUUAUUAAACAAAUAAAAUCUAACAAUAGUCAAAAUCAUCAUGAAUCUGGAAAUCAGCAUGUCGGUAUGUUUUACAGUGCAGACACGCGCACAAGUCUGAACUCAAUGAACUCGCGCUGUCGGGUUUUUUUUCUUUCUUUUUUUUCUUUUAUAUACCGCUUUAAUAUAGCUCGCCGCUCAGGGACAUGAUUGACAGCACAUUGUCCAAUCCGCUGGCACUAUAUGCUUUGGCACCGCCUGUCAUCAGAGCUGUGGCCCCGCCUCCGGCGAUACGGUUCCAGCCCCCAUUUUUACCUUAUUUGGUCACGCACUGAGAGCUGAGUGGCAGGUGCGCGCGCGCCUCCUUUCUGCUCGUUCAGUCGGUCCGCGCGAGGCGCCCGGCGCGCGAUUCCUUUCCCCUCAACACCAGAGCGCGCGCGUGUUUUCUUCUCUGUCCUGUUCUCUCUGCUCGGUCAACUUUCACGUCUUUUCUCCGUUUAUUUGAACGAGUUAUUCCUUUUAUUUGUAAAUAAAUAAAUAAAUAAAUCGGCAUCCCAUUUUAGGUUUUUGGUGGUUUUUUUCAGGAUAGAGAAGAAAAGUGAUGCUGAAUGUUCACGCGGGACCGUGAGGAAAUUUCUUCCUUGGAUUUCUGGCGUCUCGCGUUAGCAUCAGGAGCAUCAUCUUCUUCUUCAUCAUCAUCAUCAUCAUCAUGGACGUCCUGGCCAACUACAGCAUCUUCCAGGAGCUCCAGCUCGUCCACGACACCGGCUAUUUCUCCGCCAUGCCGUCUCUGGAGGAAAACUGGCAGCAGACAUGUCUAGAGCUGGAGCGCUACCUUCAAACGGAGCCCAAGCGUCUAUCGGAGCUCUUCGAAGACGAACUGGACCGCUUGCUCUGUCCAGACUUCAUGGACGGGCACGGAGAGGACGAACCGCUCAAGACGUCACUCUUCAGCGUGACAUCGUCCCCACUGCGCCUCGACGGGGAACCGCUGACCUCGCCGUCCACCCCGGAGCCUUCCGAGCUCGGCACGGGCGUCGACGUAGCCCGGCUGAACGCGCUCACGUCGCUGACCCCGCCCUCGUCCCCGGAACUGGAGCACCAUUCUCUCAAGACCACCCACACUCUGUGCACCACGGCCAACGGGACUCUGAUGCUGAAACUGGCCAUGGCGCGGCCGCUCUCGCCCGGACCCAGCGACGGCGAACAGGCGAGCGGCACCGCGGGGGGCAGAGACUCGGCCGACAGCAAGAAGAGAGUGCACCGCUGCCAGUUCGACGGCUGCAGGAAGGUGUACACCAAGAGCUCACACCUCAAGGCACACCAGAGGACACACACAGGUGAGAAACCCUACAAGUGCUCAUGGGAAGGCUGCGAGUGGCGUUUCGCACGCAGCGACGAACUGACGAGACACUACCGCAAACACACGGGCGCCAAGCCCUUCAAGUGCGCGCACUGCGACAGGUGCUUCUCGCGGUCCGACCACCUGGCGCUCCACAUGAAAAGGCACGUUUAGGACCUCAGACCCCGGAGGACGUACGCUACCAGAGAGGAAACCUGACAAACAGAUAUAACAUAGAAAAGGAGGUACAGACGGCAGAACUCGACUCGGGUACGAGUGGAGCAUAUUCCUGAACAAUUCGGUUUUUAGGGUUUUUUUUUUUUUACGUGACGAAUCAGAAUGUUCCGGAUACAGAGCGGAGAACCUUCUAAACCCGAUUCGGACUUUAGACGCGGCGAACACGCCGACUGAGCCGAGAGUGUUUUCUCCUGAGCUGUACGCCACAUCAUGGACUCACGUGGAAUGUAUUUUCAUUGCAUAGCUGCAGUAGUACGUACACAAGCGGACGAUUGUUCACGAACAGGAUCCUGUCUGGCGGAACGUCUACCCUGUUCACGCAACCCUUUCUACUGGGCUUUUCUUCGAGCUGUAAGACUCUUCCUGUUUACGGGCACAGUUAAGAAACUUUUGCACAAGCGCAGUCGAGGAUCAAAGACAAUUUUAAUACUCGAUCGAGGAGGGCGGGGAGGACACACACACACACACACACACAUGAAACGUCGGAUUUGUUCUUGUAAACGUUCUUGCACACAUCCUGAACUGUUUAUUUAUGCUUCUUAGAUUUUUGUACGAACCUGAGAUCUUUUCGUCCAGGACUAGCAUGGGGCGGGGGCUGGGGCGGGGACGGGGACAAAUAACAACAACAACAACAACACGGCAUUGUUGAAAUGAAACGUUUUUAAGUUAUCGACCUCAUCAUCGUGAAGAAAAGCCGCCGUAAACACCGAGACGUUUAUGAACAGUGUACAUGGCGCCGUUAUACGCUUCGUGCUCGCUUAAAGCUUUUUAAUUCGCUGCAGUUUUCUUGUGAGUCGAGAUACGCUAUCGCCAUCCUGCAACCUUCUUAAAUAAACAAAUGAAUAAAUAAAGCACCGGAAAGAGCAGUGUGUGUGUGUGUGCGUGUGUGUGUGUGUGCGUGUGUGUGUGUGUGUGACUGCGAUAUUUACGCCCGGGCUCCCGCUGUUCGCUCAUCUGUCGCUAUGGUGCACUCUGGCCUUUCUAACCAACUGAAACGAGAGCCAUCUGACUUCACCGCUCUCAGACGUCAGGCUCUUCCUGGCAUCAGGCCGUCCCGGUCACGGGCCAUUUCACCCCCAACAAAAUAACAAAGGCGCAAGGUCAUCCCAGUGACACACACACACACACACACACA